UCUAAAAAUACUCGAAUGAAGCCUUAAAAUAUAAGUUUAUUAUUCAGUCUUCAACAGCAGAGUGAAUAGGAUUAUAAUGGCAUACGCACUGAAAACUGAUGAUUCUGCCUCAAGAAAAGUAAUAGUUAAGAAUCUUUCGCCUAUCACAAAGCAGGAAGACAUUAUCAUUCACUUUCAAAGAAGAGGCAAUGGAGGAGGAGAAGUCGACUCUGUUCACAUGUUGAACGAACGAGCCGCAAUUGUCACAUUCGAAAAAUCAACAGGUAAGUUUGAACUAUGGUUUUCUUCAUACUCUGCAUAAUGUAGUUCCGUGCUAUUGCCAUUCACCUUCAAGUUUGUUUUCAGUUCGCGCGAUGCAGUAUUAACUUAGUUUAAAUUAAGCGGAUAUGUACCUGGCACAUUAAAUAAAUGGGAAGUAUAGUGUACUAGAGUGCAUUAUAUAGUUCGUCAGCUGUUUCGCAAACAUUUUUUUCAACAUACGUAGAUAUCGUUAUGCCUUUGCUAAGGAAAAAAAAGGAAAGAUAAAUAAACCUUUCUUCUACAAUACAAAUGCCUAGAUAACUUUAAACGGACUCCGUUCCGGGUGACAAAGUUAAUAUCAAAAUCGGAGUGUUCUAGAAGAUCAGUGAAAUCAUGAAUUUCCAAAAGUAUAAGGUGUACAAACCCACUUCUUUUUAUUUCCAUAGCAUUCAAAUACGGUCUUUUCUGUUCUGAUUUAAAUUGAAACUAAUCGAAUAUAGAGACUACGACAGUGCGGAACAGCCUGCGCGCACGACUGGUUUCCGAAAUAUUGCGGAAAGUGAAAAUGAAAGUGGCUGUUUUUUUUUUCCAAAUGUCUUGUUUUCAAAUAAAAUGCAUACGUGGGGCCUCACAGGGUGAAAAUUCCGAGCAGAGGUGCAGUAUUUCAUUGCCUUGUAUUUGUUCAACGGAUUUGUAGUUUACUUUGGGAAGACUUGAUUUUCGUGAGUCCGUUAAUCAGAAUGACCUAAAGUUAGUUAAUUACCCAUGUUAUACUACUACAUGAGAAAUUUCUGCAAUUUGAUUGGCUUAGAGCAGUGGUAUUUCAGCUUAAUUUGAAAUACCUAAAUGUGACAUUAAAAAUCUUUUGAUGGUAGUGGUAUAAACAAAUAAUAGCAUGAUUUGUAGGCUGUGUAUAAAAGUGGGACGGGGACAAGGGGACGGGGACAUCGGGACGCGUGUGUGGGGACUUGGGACUUGGGGACGCGAGACGAGGGACUUGAGGGCAUCAAGUAUGGGACCCGGGGACGUGUGGGACGGGGACGCGGGGACGUCAAAUACAGGGACGCAGGGGACGCGGGAUGUGAAUAAUUGUUGCAAAAGUCGGAGGUAAAUGCGAUAUCAGUCACUUUGGUGAAGGCAACCCACCCUGCCCUCCUUACAGUGUCCUUAGGGUUCCUCCAUGCCUGUUUACGAAGCGAAGACUCGGCGAGGACCCCCUGCAUUGAAGAAAGUGAAACCGUUGUCCUGGACUUCUUGCUGAAGGAAUAUUGGAGGCCAAAGAAGGGUAGGGUGGGUUGCGGUCGCCAAGAUUUAUGUAGAGUAACAGCAUUCGAUUCCAAAUAAAUUUGAAAUUAUAAAGAAAUAUUUUGUGUAAGCAUCAUAAGGGGUCCAAUGGGGUUUUGGAAGAUGGAAUCUAAUGUUGACAAUAAAUAACACAGAGAUAUCGCAUUUACCUCCGACGUUUGCAAUAAUUAUUCACAUCCCGCGUCCCCUGCGUCCCUGUAUUUGACGUCCCCGCGUCACCGUCCCACACGUCCCCGCGUCCCACACUUGAUGUCCUCAAGUCCCUCGUCUCGCGUCCCUAAGUCCCAAGUCCCCACACACGCGUCCCGAUGUCCCCGUCCCCUUGUCCCCGUCCCAGUUUUAUACACAGCCUGAUUUGUACGUGAUAUUUGGCAUCAAUACCACUCGUGAUAUUUCAAAAUUGUCCAAAUUUCACUCGCCUAAAAAAUUACGCAUAGAAAUUUCGAAAUAUCACUCGUGGUAUUUACGCCAAAUAUCACUAACAUCAUGCCAUUACCUAUACAAAUUAAAAUGAAAUAUAUCAAGCCACAAGCUACUUAAGUACUUAACGGUGCGGUAUGGGGGUUCUGUAACAUGGGAAAGGGCCCUUAAUAACUACAGUAGAACCCGGUUGGGUAACUGGAACUCUGAGGGGAAACGAAAAACAGUUCGAGUUGGCGGGGAGUUCGAGUUUUCAGUGUAAACUUCAGUGAAAGUUUUAUCAAUGGAAAGGAAAUUUAGUUCGAGUUAGCUGGGAAUUCGAGUUAUCUGAGUUCGAGAAAUCGAGUAUCUACUGUACUUCUGGCACCGAGCCUUACAAUGGAAUAACAAGCUAUCGUGGUAAGCACGGUUAAUUUCUGUUGCAGUCCCCCAGACAACUUGAUGGGUUCCAUGAGUAGAACCGACCGCCACAGUUUGUCGGUACCACGUUAUUUAAUUAUUCCUCGAGCCCGAAUGGGCUCUGAGUCAAUAGCCCAUGCUAGUUAAAGCUAGACUUUAACCCUUUUUUGCCACCAAAAAGCCCGCGCUUUUCGCUACUAGUGGGCUAUAACAUAUAGCCUAGUAGUAGCUCAACCAAUCAGAACGCAGGGUUAGGAUUAGGAUUAGGGUUAGGGUUAAUGGUUAGGGUUAGGGUUAGACCACUUAUAAUAGACCACUAGUUAGAUUUUACUAAAUAUGCUUAGUGGAUAAGCGCAUGUGCUUGGUGGGCACAUAUCAAGUACAGUAGAAACAAUAACAAGAUACACGGUUAAAACAAAAUAGUGAUCACUUCAGCUAUAAAUUCGCUGAAGACGGUGCACUCUACACAGUGUAGCUUUUAUCUUGGCGUUGUAUUUACUUCUCUGUUCAAUCUGUUUAAUAGCCCUAACCACGUUUAUUCCUUUCUCAACAGUUGCCGAGUCCGUUUUAAAGAGGCAGCAUGAGAUACACGGCUCCCUGGUUACCGUUAAGUUGUAUAGACCAAUGCCAGAUCAGGUAAUCGAAAUCAAUCCUGAACUUCACGAAAUAACUUUUAUUUCUGUAGACGUGUCUUGCUACGAUCGAUUUUUACCGGCUCUUUUUUUAAAGAUUAUUUGCCAUAGACAGCGCUAGACCAACACUAGAGUGACCUCGGCCAGUUUAGCCAUACCUAUUUGCUUCUCAGCCGUAAUCACUUUUGUCCAAUUUCAUAGGUUUUUGGUAGAGUGUCUGGUCGCAUUGAUCCUAACACCUUAAAUGCAAGUAAUCACUCAAUGAAAACCAUUCUUCAACAAAUUCAGGACGAAACAAAGGUCGAGUGGAAACAAAUAUUUGAUGGAUUCGUCGUCUCUGGUACCUUCGAUCAAAUUAAAGCUGUCAACGAGUUGGUGAAGAACAAACUGACAGAAAAGAAGCAUGGAAAGAACGUUUUUUCUCCAAGCCUUUCUAGACAUGUCAGUAGUUGUGACAAGGCUUCACCUGCUCCACCAGUUAUGACACCUUCGACAGAGACGUUUCGAAAAACGAGAGAUCAGAGUUACGAAACGACCAGCACAAGCUCAAGUCAAGUAGACAACCAGUCAUCUGCCAACGAGCUGAUGCCAGAGACUCAAGUAAUUGACGCCUGUGUACAAAGCAGUCAACUAUCUUUGAAUCCGGACGAUGUUCUCCAAUCCGUGCUGGAAAAGUAUCAUAGCAAUGAACCUCAAACAUUCAAGAAAGUGAAGACUGAUGCCAGUGAUAAAUACAGUUCAUUAAAUGGUUUCCCAACUUCUGAGGUUGUGACAGAUUCCGGUGUCGUCUUCUCUGAUGCAAACGUGCCUAUGAAGAAGACCGCCAAGAAAACACAGCAAGAAGAAAAAAGAAAGAAACAUUGUCGGCCAACAACGUCCGGGACAUCCAGUGAACAAAUUAAAGGAAAAAAGGAUGUCAGCAUUACCUCGCAACUGGAUGAUGAAAUUGCUGAAGAACGCAAAUCUUAUGCUUGUGACUUGCAGGCUAAGGAAGAAGAGAUUCAUGCCAUCAAGACAGAAAACGAGUCAGAUUCCACUCCACCUGUUGGCAUGGAAGAAAAUGCUAAACAAUCCCAAACUUUGGAACGUAAUACCACGUCUAAUGUCAUCUCAAACACGAAUCAAGAACUUGGUGUCACAGGAAAAGGCACAUACAUGUUUGACACAGUGACAGGUCUCAGAGUUUGGUUGACAAAAGGAGAUAUAACCAGUCAGCAAGAUGACAUUCUCCUCAGCCCUAUCGACCCUUCACUUUCAUUAAAAAGUGAUUUUUUAAAACGGAUAUUUAGGAAAGGAGGCGAAGCAAUCAAACAAGAAUACCUACAUAAGAAAGAUUCCCAUGCUCAUCAACACGAUCCAGUCAUCACGGGUGGUGGUAACUUGCCCUGCCGAGCAAUCGUGUUUGCCGUACUUCCACUGUGGAAUAACGAAGUGCAGGACAAAAAGAAACGAAAGCAACAGAUACAUAGACACCUAAAGGAAGCUAUAAUACGUGCUUCAGCAUGCGGGCACAAGUCAAUGGCACUUCCUCUGUUACGACAAGACGGAAAUGACAUCCAGGAUUCAGCAGAAAUUAUCGUUCGCGUUAUUGCAUCGUUCGGAAAGAAUAUUGAUCCAAUGCACAGUGGCAUUAAUGAAUUCCGUAUAGUUUGCAAGGAUGAGGCAUCUCUCGCUGUAGUUCUUAACGAAUUCUCUUCAUUUUCGUUUCACCCCGGACAGCUAUUCUUUGUGAAUCGUUCGUCGAGCAUUAAUAACCUUGUCCAAGCAGAGGAAACUGAUAUUACGUUAGCGUCCCAGAAUUCUCAACGAAACAAACCUGAAAUGCAUGAUUUAUCCUCAGAGAAAGUAAGUUCUAUGGAUCCAGACAAGGAGGCGUCGUCACGAAAUGAAACUUCCACUAACAAAACUACUGUGGAUCACAUAGACGAGCCCCAAGCUCCUUCUAAAUCUUCAGAAGUGACAGUCGGAAAGGAGAAAGGUCCCCCUUUACCAUCCAUCUCUCCUUCCUGUCAAGUUGAUAGCGCUUCACAUCAGAACCAUAUCGACUGGGAUACUAAGCAUGAAGCUGAAGAGGACGGUAGCCCAAGUGACGUGAAGCAUGGUAAAGAACUGACGAUUGGCAAUGUGCCAAGUAGCUGUGGAAGGUACACCACAUCGCAUGUUGCCUCAAAUGGUAACCACCAACGUGUCAUUAUUACAGACACAGGCUUUCGAAAGUUUGAUACAGUAACAGGUCUCAAAGUUGUUUUGGUCAAAGGAGAUAUAACCAGUCAGAAAGUUGAUGUUCUCGUCAGCCCUAUUGACUCUUCAUUUUCUUUCAAAAGUGAUCUUUUGAAACGGAUUCUUGAGGAAGGUGGGCAAGCGAUCAAGCGCGAAUAUCUAAGCAUUAAAGGAACUAAUGCCCCUUCACAAGAUCCUGUCAUCAUUGGUGGUGGUGAUUUGCCUUGCCGAGCUCUCCUGUUUGCCUUUCUUCCGCAGUGGAAUAACGAAAUUGAGGACAAACAGAAAUGCAAAAAACAGAUACAUAGACGCCUAAAGGAAGCUAUAAUGCUUGCUUCAGGAUACAGGCACAAGUCAGUUGCUCUUCCUCUAUUAGGACAAGACUAUAAUGACAUCCCAGUCGAAGUUUCCGCAGAAGUGAUAGUCUGCGUCAUUGCAUCGUUUGGAAAAAGCCUAGGUCCAAUGCAUAGUGGUAUUAAUGAAUUCCGUAUAGUUUGCGAGGAUGAGGCAUCUUUUGCAGCAGUUGUUAACCAGAUCUCUUCAUUUUCAUUUCCCUCCGGCGGACAGCCAUUUUUCGUGAGUCGUCCGUCAAACAGUAUUAACCUUGCACACGCGGAGGAAACUGCACGAAACGAGGCUUCAAUAGACAAAAUGUCCGUAACAAAAGUAAUUUCUGUAAAUCAUGACCAGGAGGCGCUAAGAAUAACUGAGUUUUGUCCUAAGGAAAACACCGUUGAUCAGGUAGACGAGGUCCAUGUAGUUUCACAAGCCUCCGCCUCUAAGUCUUCAGAAGUGACAGGUGAAAAAGAGGCAGUUCCCUCUGGUUAUCCUUCGUCAUUUAUCCAUUCUUCCCGUCAAUGUCACAGCACUUCACAUCCGAACCACGAAUCUAAAGAGGAUGGAACCCCAAACGACGAGAAACAAGUUAAUGAGAUGACGAUUUGUCAUGUUCCAAGUAGCUCUGUUGAUUGCGUCGAGAUCUCCGUGACACGAGCAUCUGAGAUACAGCAAGUGACUUCUGUUACUCAACGUGUUCAAGAGAAAAUCAAAAGCAUUACUCUUCAGGAUCAGCCACACCUAGAUUUUGUCGCAGACCACGCCCUGAAUUUGAGGGAAAAGGAAAUGAGUACAGGAAUUAGUAAGAUCGAGGAGAUAACCGUGGGUACUGCAGUAACCCAGGAAGUGACAGUGGUUGAUGGAGAUCCUCAACUCAAGAGUUCUCUGCCGGGGAGAAGUCAAGGUGAAAGGACUCAAGAGACCGAAAACAAUCGCAGUCUCAGCUCCACCAAAUUUAAAGACAAUAUUACAGACGCGAAGAUUCAAGCACUGGAUGAAAACUCACAGGAAGAGUCUGCAAGUAGCUUCCAUAUUCAACCAAAAGUCACAAAAAAGAGCAUGGUCCUUUAUAAGAAGGUCAAUCAAACUGAAGAGGGCAACAACUCGGGGGAGAAAAAUCGUUCCAAGAAAGGGAAAACGGUAUAUACUCCAUCGCGACCAAUUCCUGGAAGAGGAGUUAAAGAAUUGAAAGAAAAAGGAGAUCUAGUUUGGAAAGACGAAUGCUUUGAAAGAAAGAAGGGCGACCAAAAGCUGAAUGGUGAAGUUCCUGACGGGGAGUUAAAUGGUAAUAUAUCUAAAGAUAACAAUGUUUUUUUUAAUAUGUAACAAUAUUUAUUCAGCGCUUUCGUCUUCUAACACAGUCUUAUCAAGCAGUGGUGUUAUUUGUUGAAUGCACCAUAUCUAAAACAAUUACAGCAACUUAAGUACUUUACAGCUUACCUUUCAGUAACAUUGGUUCUCAGUAGUGUACUUUACAUCUUUGUCUUUUCAGAGCAACAAGUUACCAUUCUUUGUGCCCUUUGCCAGGACUCAGUCGACCACCCAGAACUUACAGAUCCAAACACUUGCAUGAAGCACAAGUUUUGCGACGAUUGUAUCAUCAAGGCUUUCACUUUCAGUAACAUUUGUCCUGCCUGCUUGGAUACAGUUGGCUUAAUCACUAGCAAAAAACAGAAGGUUAGCCAAAACCAAGGUACGUUUUCCCCCAGUUCUCGGAUAGCCCAUCUCUCUCGUCGCCCUGCCGGCUUUUACAUUCUCCUAAGAAAGCCUGCAGGACAUUCUCUCAAAAGAACAGAUUGAACCCGAAAAACGAGCACCUACGUUCAAAUGUUUUUUUUGAAAGCUUAAUUGUACGUUAUCAGGAGACAAUAAGCUAGCUCAUUCCUCUUGGCGUUAUAUGAUAUUAGCUACAUUAAGAAUGAAUUUGGCGACUUUUAUGUCGAUGUGUUCGCAAGUUGCUGAUAGCCCCAUAGCUUUAUAAAUCUACCCAUGCUAGAAAAUUUGGUAAUCACGAGACCGUACACCGAGCGACCGAGCGACCGUCCGUCCGCACCACAGGCAUUUCAAUGUAAAAUAACUCAAUCAACAGGUAUGGCAACCCAAAUGCAACUCGAGGUUAUUUUGGCAGGAAAUUGCAUCACCACCGGCGUCUUGUAAAGCAGAGACAACUUAAGAGUCAAUAACGACGAAAACGGAAAGCGGAGAUUGUUUCUGUAUCCCGUGGUGUGUAAAGUAUUAAGCUUAAUAGAUCAAUUGUCAUGUCCACAAAUUUGGAAUAUAGAGCUGAAAGACAGGGAAAAAGAGAAAGUAGGCGGCAGGCCAGCGAAGCUCAACGAGAAAAAAAAAACAAAGGAGAUACAUUUUUUGUUGGAAGAACAACGUGAAAACUUUGUAGCGGCGGUGACAAAAUGAGAAAUGCUAGCGGCACCAAUGCAAGGUGAAAAUGAGCGGCAGUGAAAAAAAAAGUGAACGAGAACACGUACGACAUUUCCUCAAAAAAACGUGUAACAAAGAAGUUUCUGGAAGUUUCACAUUGUAGUCGUGCAAAACGACGGCAAAGAAAUGUACAAAAAAAGUGUGCUGAACGUGCAAAGUUUCUUUUUUGCUAAUUAGAACUAUUGUUGGUUUUCACCGUUCUCCGGCGUUGCCUUCGCCGCUUAGCAUUACACUAUUCUAUAUUUUGUUUGGACAAACUUUAAAUACUACCGACAGCUUCACUUGUAGUCUGGGCUAAAAGUUGUCCUCGUUUUUUUUUUAAAUUUACUUUAUACUCCUGUACUUUCUUAUUUUCAAUCUUCAGAUCUGACUCAUUCAUCGAUUAAAGGUUCAAGUUACCACCUCAACAAAGUUGAUAAGCGCUGCUGGACAGGAACCGCAAACUCCUUUCCAGCAAAUCAACCCCCGGGAGAAAUUAUUUGGAAAAAAUACCAAACCAGUCUUCCUGGAUUUGAAGGGCAUGACACCAUUGCCGUAAAGUUCACUUUCUAUGAUGGUGUCCAAGGUUUGGAUCAUCCCAAUCCCGGGAUGCCUUUCAAGGGGACACAAUGUAUAGCUUACCUACCAGAAACAUCGGAGGGAAAGGAAGUUCUGAAACUGCUACGCAAAGCCUUUGCUGCCUGCCUUCUCUUUACUAUCUCUUGUUCGUCCCCAGAAGGAAUUGGAAAUGUUUCAGUAAAUGAUAUUGAGCUUAAGACGUCGUUGGAGAGACAUUCAAGGUAA